AUGAAUCCGAGAUACAAUUACCCAAAAAGAUCUGUUUCCAGCAUGGAUAGAUAAUAAAUACUUAAAGCCUUGCGAAGUAAUCCAUCUGAUAAAGAGAUUGAAUAUCUGGCAUAAGAAUAUGAUCUGAAACCGCGUACAAUCAAGGGUUGGCUAAAGCAGCAAUCUAAAAAGUACAACAAAGCAUCUGAAUCUGAUGAAGAUAUUCAAAGUAAUGGAAGAAAAACUAAAGCAGAUAAGGAUCUACUAGAUUUUGAAAGAAAUUUUAAUUAAAAUUCAGAUGGCUAUCACUAUGAAAUAACAAAUAUGGAUCUCUUGAAGACUGCAAAAAACCUGAAUUAAUAAGAGUAUGAAAAACCUUAGGUUGUGCAAACGUAGAAGCAACAAUCAACUCAACAACAAUCUAUUAAACCCUUGAGUAGUGAGAAUUUUUUUACCAUGAAAAUUGAUAAUCAAUAAUAAUAAUAGUCAUAAAAAUGUUCACUCUAAAAUUUUGAUGCCCUUUUAUUAUUAUUAGAUUAAGAUGAUGAAAUACACCAUAUGGUAACCUUACUUAGGAAUUAGGAGAAACAAAUUGAAGAAUUGAAAAAAACUCAAUCAGAUAUUCUAGAAUAUAUGUGUUCACAUUUGACAAAGAAACCAAAGAAGAUUUGA